UACUCCCGAGGAGCAGGCGGCUUUCGGUCAGCAACGCCGCGAGCAGAACCGGGAACGAGCUCGUCUACGCCGUGCCGAUGCUGCAGCCCGUGCACAAGAAGAGGCUCGUGCAAAAACAAGUCCACUUGUCGAAACGCUGGCCCCUGCUUUCACCUUGUUCUCGUUUAGCUCAUAGUCUUGAAUUUCCAUCUCCCGCUUUGCCCCUAUUUUCGCUACGUUUGCCGAUGGAAUGUUAUCGUCAUCGAUGCGGUAUACUGUUAUUAUUAAUAUUAUUACAGAGAUCUGAUAGCAAACAAAAGAAAUCCCAUUUAGACUAACUUCGCAUGGGUCGCACUUGCGUUGCGCGUUCGCAUUUGCGCGUAUGGGUGUAACCCGCCUGCAGCGACACGCCUCCCCCGUGGUGGCAUUUGUUUGUUUCGUUCCAUGCAGCCGCGAGCGGUGGCGACAGCAGAACGUGAACGGCGCGUUCGCCGACCUGCGCCGCCUGGUGCCCACCCACCCGCCGGACAAGAAGCUCGGCAAGAACGAGAUCCUGCGCCUGGCCAUCCGCUACAUUCGGCUGCUCAGCUCGAUACUGGACUACCAGCGACGCCGAGACCAGCAGCUGCGCUGCCCUGCCACCGCCGUUGGAGGCGUCGGCAACGGCUUGCACGGCCGAGACGCCAACCUGCUCCUGUUGUUCUCGAUGCGCGUGAAGCAGGAGCCGCCGGACGAGACGGCCAACGGACCGACGACUCCCAGCUCAGUCUGAGCGGCCUGGCCGAGCCGUGAACAGCGCUCUCCCGCGGGAGAGCGAACAAUGUGUGUGUACAGUUGGUUGCAUCGCGACGUACUAGGGGUGGUCACGAUCGGCCUGCGGGGGCUGGCGAUCUUCGGUGAAGCGACCUCCGAACCCUUUUUAGCCUUCUGCGACGACUCGCUCUGUAAAGACAACAAUGUGCCUCGUCAACAGCCCGGCGGCGCCGGCCUAUCUAGCCACGUUCGGCGGGCCGAGUAUUGUUAGUUGAUUCGCUGCCGUCUUCACGAUUUGCUUGGAGGAAGAGAAUUCCUGGAAAAGGACGUUUUGCGGUGCUUUUCCACGGGCCCCAGAAGUCGUCACAGUCAAAGGACAUGCGCGGCGGCCACUGAUUGCGGGGUCAGCUCUGGGAUCAAGAGGCGCCUGCUCGGGUCAAGAUCUCUGUCUACAAGAACCCUCUCACCUUGGUGUGUUGAGUGAAACCAAAUUGCUGAAGUGAGUGCGUGAACCCUCCCCCUCAAAGGCGGGUCGACUACGAUGACUCUCCCAUUUAACGAAGGUUGAACGGCAGUUUUCCCUCACCUAGGGAUCUAGGGAGGAUAGAGGGUUUUUGAGCAGCCAUUGACGGCUACGUAGUGUGCAUUCUCUUUCAAUCAUGCUAGACUGAUGAACUGUAAUGUUCUCCACCCUUCAUAUAGAUAUUGUAAAUAAAUCCCAUAUUCCUCGUCCUCAUUGAGAACAAGUCCCUCCCUUCAACAACGUCCUUACCGUGGAUGAGUCGGACGAUGGCAUGGGCCGGCUACCACGUAUUUCAUGCCCGACCCCAAUCCUUACAGGGUGUGCGCACGUUUAGCGAUGUGUCAUGCGAGUAUGAAAUACUUUUGCAUGAAGUAAACACUCCUUAUAACGGAGUAAUAUGGACAUAAAAAUUGACUUCGUUAUUAAAAGUAUCUCGUUGAAAGUGAAUGAGCUAAAGGAGAGUCACAGGAACGCGAGAAAAUGAAAGCUUUUCGAAUAAAGCGAUUUCGUUAUAACGAAGAUUUACUGUAUUAAGCUCGAUAAUGACAUUGUAAAUACCGUCCAGACUUCCAGACAACUUCCUUGUGGUAAGCAUACGAGCAAAUGUGCGGCAAAAUGAGCCCGCGAAAA